AUACACACAUCAUGUCCGGACGAGGCAAAGGAGGCAAAGUUAAAGGAAAGGCCAAGAGCCGCUCCAACCGUGCUGGUCUGCAAUUUCCCGUGGGCCGCAUCCAUCGACUUCUCCGUAAAGGAAACUAUGCUGAGCGUGUGGGGGCUGGAGCGCCUGUGUACUUGGCCGCUGUCAUGGAAUACUUGGCCGCUGAGGUUCUCGAGUUGGCCGGUAAUGCUGCCCGUGAUAACAAGAAGACCCGCAUCAUCCCUCGUCACUUGCAAUUGGCCAUCCGCAACGAUGAGGAGUUGAACAAACUCUUAUCGGGUGUGACCAUCGCUCAAGGAGGUGUUCUUCCCAACAUUCAAGCUGUGCUUCUGCCCAAGAAGACUGAAAAGAAGGCUUAAAUCAUUGCCGAACUUCCAUCCUUCCCGAAACAGGCCCUUUUCAGGGCCAAAAAAUCUGCUCAAAGGAACAUUAAAAAGAUGAAGGUGAACAGUGGCCUGCUGAACAGAAUGAUCGAAUCUUCAGAUGUCGAUAAGUUCGAGGAUUGCCCGUUAUC